AUGCAGAGUAGUAGCAGUGAUGGCGAUCUACUCGAUUGGUAUCCAUCACAAGUUAAAGGACCAGUUGAUGAUGAAGUACAAGAAGCUGAUUUAAUAUCAACAAUUGAAUUUAAUGAAGAUGGUGAAUUACUUGCCGUCGGUGAUAAAGGUGGCAGAAUUGUUGUAUUUCAACGUGAGCAACAAACAAAAACAUCACCACGUCGUCAUGAAUACAAUGUUUAUAUAACAUUUCAUUCCCAUGAACCUGAAUUUGAUUAUUUAAAAAGUUUGGAAAUUGAAGAAAAAAUAAAUCAGAUACGUUGGCUUAAACGAAAAAAUGCUGCACAUUUUCUUCUAUCAACAAAUGAUAAAACUGUUAAAUUAUGGAAAAUUUCCGAAAAGACAAAACGAGCUGAAGGAUAUAAUUUACGUGAUGAUAAUGGAAUUACUCGUUCAGCUGAUACUCUAACUAAUUUACGUAUACCAGUGAUUAGACCUAUGGAAUUAAUGGUUGAAGCAACACCUAAACGUGUUUUUGGUAAUGCACAUACAUACCAUAUCAAUUCAAUAUCACUAAAUAGUGAUCAAGAAACAUUCUUAUCUGCUGAUGAUCUACGUAUUAAUUUAUGGCAUACAGAAGUGACAGAUCAAAGUUUUAAUAUUGUUGAUAUAAAACCACCUAAUAUGGAAGAUCUUACUGAAGUGAUUACUGGUGCGGAAUUCCAUCCACGUGAAUGUAAUCUUUUUGUAUACAGUAGUUCCCGCGGUAUAAUACGUCUUUGCGAUAUGCGACAAUCAGCACUUUGUGAUCGACACUGCAAAGUUUUUGAAGAACCUGAAGAUCCAACAACUCGCAGUUUCUUUUCAGAAAUUAUUUCAUCAAUAAGUGAUAUUAAAUUUAGUCAUUCAGGCAGAUAUAUGCUUACACGAGAUUUUCUCAAUCUUAAAGUAUGGGAUUUACAAAUGGAUAAUAAACCUGUUGAAACAUAUCCUAUACAUGAAUAUCUUCGCACUAAAUUAUGUGUCUUAUAUGAAAAUGAUUGUAUUUUUGAUAAAUUUGAAUGUUGUUGGUCACCACGUGAUGAUCAUUUACUCACCGGUUCUUAUCAUAAUUUAUUUAAAGUCACAUCACGUUUAUCAAAAAAAGAUGCAAUAUUUGAAUCAUCACGUGAACAAGCUAUACGUCCACGACAAUUAUUAAAAUCUAAAAAGGUGCUUCAAUCAGCUCGUCGUAAUCGUCGGGAUGAAAUAAAUCCUGAUAGUUUAGAAUUUUCAAAAAAAAUUCUCCAUUGUGCAUAUCAUCCAACAGACGAUAUUAUUGCUAUUGCAACAGCACAUAAUCUUUUUACAUAUACUGCUAAAGAUUCAUCAUCAUCAUUAUCAUCUUAG